UCGGGCUUGCUGAAUAAUGUGAAAAGCUUCACCAUCAUUUUGCCCGUCUCCACCUCAGCAAAUUCCUCUUCUGCUUUUCCCACUUCCUGCAACACAUUCAAAACAGAGUCCGGAGUUUCGAUUCAAUACAAUCGAAUUGACAAGUUCCAAUUUGCUCAUAAAUCUCAAUUUUCCCGCCAUUUAUAUUUGGGCAAAAGUACGCACCUGAAACCUGCAGAAGUAGUAUUCAUCGCCGUAGGCAGCUCGAAAGGCGUCGACGAGGCUGAAGGCAUGGGACUGGCGGAGCGGCGGGAUGCUGAGGUUGACCACGGCGGUGACCCGGUCGGGUCGGAGCCUGCAAAAGUACCAGGCCAUGGCGGCUCCCCAAUCGUGCCCGACCAAGAAGACCUUGUCGAUCUUGAGGGCGUCGAGGAGGCCGACCAGGUCGCCGACGAUGUGGAAGGCGGUGUAUUUGGCCGGAGACGAGGGCGCGUCGGUGUCGCCGUACCCGCGGAGGUCAGGGGCGAUGCAGCGGUAGCCGAGGGCGGAGAGGGAGAGGAGCUGGUGGCGCCACGUGUACCAGAGCUCCGGGAAGCCGUGGAGGAAGAGGAUGGUGGCCGGCCCGGCUCCGAUGGAGGCCACGUGCAUGUUGAUUCCGUUGGUGGAGAUGGUUGAGUGGGUGAUUGACUGGUCGCCGCCUUCUCCCGCCAUGUGGACGCUUCAGAUGAGUCCCAGGGAGCUGUGCGGAGAUUGGUACGUACUGCAGUUUUCGUAGAUGGCAGGAGGAGGGUUGAAGAUGGAUGGAGCUGUGA